UAGUUGAAAAGAGCAAUAUCUGCAAAUAUAUACACUUCUAGAAGCUGUUAAACAACAGUUGUUGGUUACAUCGAGGAUAUCAGUUCGAAAGUUACACGUCCGAUACAUUCUGCGAUAAGAAAAUGACAAAAUAACUAUUUUGAUUUGUUUAAUGUAGCAUUUUCAGUCUCCUUAUUUGUAGUGUAUUAUAAGUUGGACGGACCAAGGCUCCUCCAAAACUUCAUCCAGAAACGGUCAACUCAACAUCAAAUCAAUGGCUGAUCAACAAGGAAAGAGAGAUGAUUCGAAAACAAACCUUAUCAUCAAUUACUUACCACAGACUCUGACAGAAAAAGAGCUGUACAACAUGUUUGUAACAAUCGGCCCAGUUGAGAGCUGUCGAGUAAUGAAGCAUUACAAGACUGGAUACAGCUAUGGUUUUGGUUUUGUGAAUUACCAAAAACCUGAGGAUGCUAUUCGUGCCAUCGCAACACUAAAUGGAUUCCAGGUGCAGAAUAAAAGAUUGAAAGUUUCUUUUGCACGACCAUCUGGUUAUGAUAUUAAAGAUACGAAUCUCUAUGUAACAAACUUGCCACGAAACAUUACUGAGGAGUACUUGGAUAAAUUAUUUGGGAAAUAUGGUACAAUUGUGCAGAAGAACUUACUUAAAGACAAAAUAACAGGACUUCCAAGAGGUGUUGCGUUUGUGAGGUAUGACCGCCGUGAAGAGGCUCAGCUGGCAAUAAACAACCUUAAUGGUGUUAUUCCUGAGGAUGGUACUGAACCUCUUACGGUGAAAGUUGCUGAAGAGCAUGGUAAGCAGAAGGCAGCUUAUUAUGCAGGAUGGCAGGCAGGCUUCAAUCAAAGCAGAGGCGGCGGAACUACUGCUCGUGGUGGUGCACGGGGAGGUUUAAUAACACGAACGGGGGUUGCUGCUCGUGGAGCAGGCGUAUUAAGUGCUGGAGGACAACCAGGCGUCAUGAGACAAGAUAAAACAUAUAACCGAUAUAAUCCCAUUGGUAUGGGUGGAGGAUACAGUUUGUACAACUGGAAUUAACAGUCACAAUCCUGGUGGAACAUUAUGCCCUUUAAUUCUACUUGCCUGAGGAAACAGUGAGAAAAUUAGACUGAGGUUUAUAGACACUUCUGGGCUUGACAAAAUCCACAAGCCAGAUUAAUAUCUGGGAAAUGACUGUUGCAUUUCAGUGCAUUAUGAUGCAGUAGGAGCAGGUUGGAAUUAAUCGGUUAAAAUUUAUCAGCGAAUUGAAGGUGUGAAAAACAUUGAUGGUGGAUGUUGUACACAAAUUUUCCUCAGUUAAAUACUAAAUAACAAUAUUUUUCUUCAUUGUUCAUUUGCAAACUGCCACACCACUACAGUUAUUGAAAAAUGUGUUUUUCAUCUUUUUGUUUGAGGUUCUAUUGUAGACAUCCAAAAAAAGUUUGGGUAUGUGGAUGUUUGUUUCUAACUGUGCAUUUACAUGAACUUUCAUAUAGAACAUUGAUGUCCCAGGAAAGUCUACCAUUGAAAAUUAAACAUAGUUUAACAGUUGAGAAUGUUGAAAUGACGAUGCAACUGGUGGACAUCCAGUUAAUGUGUUUUUACUGUGUGACUAAUUGCAGUAAGCAACCUUCUCGAGUCUAGUCAUCACGCUGGUGGAUAAAAGUUGUGUAGUACUGAAAUACUGCUCAAAAGUGCAGCCGCUUCUAAAAAAAAGAUCUGGAUAUUGCAUCUUUUAUAUCAGAGGUCAGAAAAUUUUAAUUAUGUGGGUAUGUGUAGGCAGAGUCCCUGCAGCUGCUGCUUGCCUCAGCAUGCAGCUGAGCAGAAUAAUCCUAAGUGAUAUUUUGCUGUGUUACAUAUCCUAAGUGAUAACUUAAGUUUUCUUUCUUCAAAUUCUUAAAAGCACAAAUAAGCUAUCUUUCUGUGUGGUUGUUAUAGAAUAAAGGAAAAUAGUUUGCAAAAUUUAUUGUUGUGUGUGUAUGUGCCACUUGUCACAUGUACUGAUCCGAGACUUCACUUGGACUUGGAGUACAGAAGACUUUCAGUAUUAAUAUUUCACUCAUUAGUUACCUCACUGUAAAUCGUUGUAGGCAUCAGUUUCAUUUUAGUGUACUUAAAUGUUCUGGUUUAUCAAAUAAAAUAUAUGAUAUUGUGCAUUCUAAAUACUAAAUGUAUGGAAAUGAGCAGGGACAUUACUAAGUGAAAUAAAAGAAUGAAGUGACUUGUAUGUCUUGUCUAUUAUAAUAGGGAACUAAACAAUAUCUCAUUUAUUCAGUUAUUUUAGUAUUAAGUGGCACAGUUCGGUAUUGCACAAAAUUGACACUCUCAUUGAAGAACUUUUGGAAUUAGACAGAUAAUGUCUCUUGUUGCAUAUCAUUGAGAAUUAUUUAAUGUGAAACAGUUGCAUGGAUUCUAUACAACAGUAAUUACUAUUUCAUAAAUGAUUCGCCACCUCAUUGAUUAAAAGUUAAUUUGUUUUGUUUUGUGCUGUGUUUAAAAUCGGAUCAGUUACUGUGCAUCAUAUGAAUAUACCUCAUUAAUUUGUUGUGCAUUUGUUUUGAUUGUUGCACGUCCCAAUGAUUUGUUUUUAUAUACCAUUGAUUAAAAGACUGUCAGUAUUGGUUCAUCUAAUAAGUCAGAAAGAAGGUAGAAUAAAAAUUAUUCAUUUAUUGAGA